CAAGUCAAGAUUCAGUGUAAAAACAGGUUUUUAAAUACUAAAGCAAAUUAUCCCCACCGAGGAUACAAAUAGAAAAACAAAACCUGUUGAAAUGACCUUAGGAACAUCAUUGAUCAUGCUCAUAUAUAUUUAGUUCUGAUAUAAAGUACAUUUUUAUUUUCCCGCAUCCUUGUGAAGAAUGAACUUCUUGAGUGUUUAUUUUUUAUUCUUCUGGUGCUGGGCUGCAAACUCAGAUGGAACUUCAACACAAAAUUCUAAUAAGUCAAUUCCAGGAGAAAAGGCAGAAACAAUGUGCAGAGAAUAUGCAGAAUCUGUAUAUAAGACUAUUGUUAUAAAUACUGGGAUAGAAACAAUUACAGAACGGACGAGCACAUGUGGAACAACUAGCUCUAUUUUGGUCAUUGGUGGCUCUGAUGCUAAUCCAGAAGAAUUUCCACAUAUGGCAUUAAUUGGUCAUAGAGAUCACCCGGUGCUAUGGAUUUGUGGUGGUUCGUUAAUCAGUGACAGUUGGGUCCUGAGUGCAGCGCACUGUACAGCCUCACUGACAGGGACACUUGCAAAAUGGGUACUUCUAGGGGAUUUGAAAGUCAACUCUGACGAAGAUAUCAAUUAUUCCAGUCCUCAGAUUAUUAGAAUUAAAACUAGAAUAAACCAUCCCAAAUAUGAAAGGCGUACAGUGUACAAUGACAUAGCUCUCUACAAACUUGAAAAACCGGUUCAAUUUUCAACAUUUAUCCGCCCAUUGUGCUUACAUACAUCUCAUGAAAUCGGAACAGAUAAAGCUAUUGCGACAGGAUGGGGAAGGACAAUAGCUUCUAAUGAUUCUUCUGUUUCUCAAGCACUUCAGAAAGUGGAGUUGGACCUCAUUAGAAAAGAGGAUUUUUGUAAGAACAAAUAUGAAACGGCCAGUAACAACUUGUUGGCUCGAUUUCCCAAGGGCAUCAAUGAAACCUCAAUGCUUUGUGCGUGGACCGAAAACAAAGAUACAUGCCAGGGUGAUUCAGGUGGACCACUCCAGAUAAAGCUAACCGAACCCCAUUGUAUGUACAGUAUAAUUGGCAUUACUUCUUUUGGAGAUGACUGUGCAAAAAGGAGACCAGGAGUGUACACAAGAGUAUCCAAUUACAUUGAAUGGAUUGAAAAUAUUGUUUGGCCUUAACACAUUUAUUUUGUUCAAUAAGGGAGCUUAUUUUCUAACAUUGUGAUUUACUUUUGUUAUUAUUGUUUCU